AUGGCGCUCUCCGACGACCGAACUAUGAAGCCAGAGUCUGAAGGCAAGUACAGCAGUGAUUCAGCAGGCGACCAGCCAGAGAUCAUCGCCCAAUUCGGCAUCACAACAACACAAAGGGCUAAUGGCUGCAACGUUUUGAGGGUCUACCGCAUCACGGCCGAUUCACCGGCACCGUGGAUUGACAACGACUGGGAUCCAUUGUUGGAUACUACCAACGGCAUAGCUACCACCGGCCCAGCGCUAUGGGGGUCCCAAGGUCUUGCGGGAAACCCGACCGAGAGCCCGGACGUACACCCAGACCGGCCGCUACGCUGCUUUCUAUUGUCGCCACCCGGCGGCGGCGACAAGGGAGGAGGUGAUCUUGGCGCCUGCCAUCUGCAGACCUACGAGGCUCUUUAUAGGCCAGAACUUGUCGGCGAGAAGCCUCUUCAAGACCUCGACCCUUACGCGAUACAGUACGGCAAUUUGCAUCGAAAAUGGAGCCUCAUCGAAUCACUACGACGCUGGUACCGCUGCGCAGAUGCCAACGAGCGCAACACCGGCCUCAUUCGCAGAGUCAAGGGCUGGUCGCCCGGCAAGUGCGGCUACAUGAGCAUGGCAGGUUGGGCGCCGUUCGAGGUCGUGGAUAAUGGUCAUGCUCGUGUGUGGGAGGUGACUCAUUACCUACACGGCUGGACCUGGCGCUACAUGGACGACGACCCGCAACAUUUCCCCAAAUACUCGAGGCUUUGCUGUACCAGACACGAAAACGACAACGACAGCGACAUCGCCAUCUGCGAGAUCAGCUUUGAUCGGCAGGAUCAGAAAACAGUGGGUGGAGAUGAAGUACACUAUGCCACAUUCACUCUGUACAGAGCAUACGACGACUUUUUGAAGAGGACACAGUCGAAUCAACACACGACGGUUGAGAAGUUCUUGUUUCAUGGAUUGGUAUUGGCCGAGAAGCUGCGCAGAAGGCAGGCGGCGGGAGUUGGGAGAUCGUGA